CAGGAUGGUGACAAGAUGCCGGAAGGAGAGGAGUGUGCACCUCACUCGCAGCCAUGGCAAGUGGCCCUCUUCGAGCGUGGACGCUUUAACUGUGGUGGUUCCCUCAUCUCCCCUGACUGGGUGCUGUCUGCCGCCCACUGCCAAACCCGCUUCAUGACCGCGCGCCUGGGCGAGCACAACCUGCGCAAGCGCGAUGGCCCAGAGCAGCUGCGGGCUAUUUCGCGCAUCAUCCCACAUCCGGGCUACGAAGCCCGCAGCCACCGCCAUGACGUCAUGCUGCUGCGGCUAGUCCGGCCCGCGCGGCUGACCUCCCAGGUGCGCCCGGUGCCUCUUCCCAGGCGUUGUCCCAGCCCAGGCGAGGCCUGUGUGGUGUCCGGCUGGGGCCUGGUGUCCGACAACGAUCCCGGGGACACGGGGAGCCCCGAGUCACAAGUGAAAAUCCCGGACACGCUGCACUGUGCCAACAUCAGCAUCAUCUCCGACGCGUCUUGUGACAAGGACUACCCGGGGCGCCUGAUGAGCGCCAUGGUGUGUGCAGGAGUGCCCGGAGGAGGCACCGACUCCUGCGAGGGUGACUCCGGGGGGCCCCUGGUCUGUGGAGGCGUCCUGCAGGGCAUUGUGUCCUGGGGUGAUGUCCCUUGUGACAUGACCACCAAGCCUGGGGUCUACAGCAAAGUCUGCCGUUACCUGGAGUGGAUCGGGGAGACCAUGAAGAGGAACUGACCGGCCGGCCAGCCUCCGGUGUCCUCCACGGCCGGCCAGGCCCACCCUGGCCUGGAACAGGGUCAGGUCAUCCCCCUGGACCCAAAUGCUGGCCAGGGACUUGUCCUGCAUGAAGCCAGAGCUGGUGUGCAAGGUCACCUGUUUAAAGCCCAGAUACCAGAGCGCGCUGACCCAGGCUUCUCUGUAGGAGUUCUGUGACCCAUGUCCGGGGACAGAGGACAGUGGAAGCCGGACACAGGCAGGGGCUAGGGGAGGGGGCCGGGGAACCGUCCACCGCCCAUCGCCAGGCUCCGUUCAGUCGGACACAAGCUGUGCUAUCUGGAGCUGGCCUCUGUGAGGCAGAGGUCCUCCCACCGCUGCCCUAGGGUCGCGCUGAGCAUUAAAUCCACGUGAACGGUUAGAACGGCACUGGAGAAGGACUCGCGUCUCUGA